GGGACCGUUACAAACGCGGUUAGUGGGUCCCAUCUUCCUUUUCGUCCACAUCCUCUUCUCUUCUUGUUUCUGUUUGCCAACCACUGAAUUGUUGUUGUAUCGUCGUCACUGUUCUCUGCAAUCGUUAGGUCAAAACAAAUAAAUACCGUCUCCCCUGACGUCAUCACUCAUUUUGUUUAUGGUGCUGAUCACCAACAGCGGUUCCACCUCCCAAAGUACCAGUCGUACGAAGAAGAAUUAUGUCUCAGAAGAAGCCAUCGCCAUCGCCUCCGCCGGAGCAACCGUCGUCGUCUUCGUCUUCCGAUGACACUCGCCGUCGUAAACGUCCUUCUUUCAGAAAUGUGGUGCUUGAGGUCAUGAAUUUCAGAAAGUUCAACAAGUACGUGGAGCCGAUUCUGGAGACCUUGGUUCGCAAAGUUGUGAAAGAGGAAGUUGAAUCAGCAAUGGAAAAACAUAUAGCUUCCAUGAACUGGGAUUAUAAAUACAAAGAGGACUCUUCUGUACCAAGAAGGCUGCAGUUACAGUUUCUAAGCGGUCUAUCUUUGCCGGUUUUUACCGGUACUCGUAUCGAAGGAGGAGACUGCAAUACACUAAAAGUAGCUUUGAUUGAUGCUUGUACCGGAAAAACAGUUUCAUGUGGAAUUGAAUCAUCAGCAAGGGUGGAAAUAGUGGUUCUCGAAGGAGACUUCGAUAGCAAUGAUGAUAAUAAUUGGACGCUUGAAGAGUUCACUAAUAAUAUUGUUAGAGAGAGACAAGGGAAAAAAAAUCUUCUUACCGGAAAUGCAUUUUUGAACCUGAGCGGAGGAAUUGGUCUUGUCGGGGACAUUUCGUUCACCGAUAAUUCCAGCUGGACUAGGAGCCGCAAGUUCAGGUUGGGAGCACAGGUUUUAGAUAAAUGUGACGGAGACAGAGUAAGAGAAGCAAAAUCAGAAUCAUUUGUCGUCAGGGAUCAUCGUGGCGAAUUGUACAAAAAGCAUCAUCCACCGUAUUUGUCUGAUGAGGUAUGGAGACUUGAAAAGAUUGGGAAAGAUGGAGCUUUCCAUAAGCGGCUGAAUAAGGAAAAGAUCAAGACGGUUAAAGAUUUCUUGGCAUUUUCCUACGUGGACCCCACAAGGCUUCGAAAUAUCCUUGGGUCGGGUAUGUCAACUAAAAUGUGGGAAGCCGUAGUGGAGCAUGCUAGGAGAUGUAUGGUUGAUGAUAAGAAGUUGUAUCUGUACUGUCCUUCAUCUCGCAACAGAGACGGUGUUGUUUUUAAUGUUGUGGGCCAGGUCCUCGGUGUUCUUUCAGACUGCAAAUACAUCGUCGCUGACAACCUCGCAGAUUUCGAAAGGGAUGAAGCACAUAAACUGGUGACAUCCGCCUUUCAACAUCAAGAAUCGAUCAUUUCUUAUGAUGAUGAAGCGUCUCUUAGAUCAGGUACCUGCUCUAUUUCUGAAGAUUUAUACCCUUCAGAUCACCAAAUCAUAACACGAGAUCCCCAAGGCAGCAAAAUAAGAACAUCCCAUAAAAAAGGCCGUUUCGAUUACCCACAGAUGAGUGCACUAUCUCCAGAUGUUAAUGUUAUGUCAACUAUCUUUCCUUUGAGAGAUGUUGAUAGCUUAGAUGAAUACGGGUUAAGUAGCAUGGAAACUGAUGAGCUUAGGUUUGAUCAUGAUCAGCCGUUGAACUUGGCCGACGAAACCUUGAUUUGUGACUCUGAGUCGCUAAAGGGUCGUGAUGAUGAGGAUAUACGAUAUUUUGGAACGUCGUCUUCUUCACAGGUGGAUUUGCAGCGUGCGGUUGAUGGGUUUUUGUUUCCCCAUUCGGCCAUUGGUAAAGCUCAAAGGCGGUGGAAGAUCGUGUCUAGUGUCCUUAAAUGGCUCUCUCUUAUGUUAGAGAUACGUGAGAGAGAUAUCAUGAAGUGCAUGAACCCAGGAUGAAAACUUGGGUUGUGUAACUUCUGCUGCCCGAUUUAAACAUUGUGUGCAGUUUUAGAUGGUAAAAUGUUUGAAACCUUGUCGUUGAGAUGUGCAUAAAAACUAGUAGUUUUGUAAGACGAGUUGUAGGGGUGCCUAUGUAUUUUACUCGUGAGUAAAAGGUAAAUAAAGUUUGCACCGUUUCAUGAUUA